AUGGCGGAUGAUGUUUUGGUUGAGAAAGUUUUCAAUUUUAUUUGCGGUAGUGGCGGAUUUGUGGAGUUACCUCUACUUUUGAAGGAUUCAUCGCCUUUGAAAAACAUAAAAUCUAACUUGGAAGCGAAGAACUGGCUGAUAAAUCAUGGCCGUGGCCGCUUUGUUGAGGUGAAAGAUAUAAAUGAUGAAGUCAUAGGUGUUCGCGUUGAGCUGAAAAAGAAAAUUUGUCAACAAUAUCUUGCACGGGGUUCAUGCAGGAGAGCGAAGGGUUCGUGUAAAUUCUGGCACAUUUGUAAAAGCUUUAUCGAGGGAAAGUGCGAAGGAGACUGCCGUCGUUCGCACGAUUUUCUCGACAACGACAACGAAGCGAAGACCAAAGACCUAAAUAUCAAGAAGCACCCGAAUGGCACACUACGGAACAUCAUUGCCUGGAGUCUACCACAGGUUUGUCAGUUGUAUUUGAGAGAUGAAUGUAAAUCGGAAAAAUGUCCAUAUCUUCAUAUUUGCCCGAAUGUAGUGCGACAAUUGCCAUGCAGUUGUAGGUUAUCGCAUAAUUUGACUGAACUUAACAACAAGAAAAUACUGAAGCAGUAUGACCUUGUGCCACAUCAGUCGAUGAAACCUGCUUUUGUUUGUAGCAGUAUUUUAAUCAUGAACGAGCAGAGGUAUUUUGGCAAAGGUAAAUUCACAAGUGAUGAUACAACCGUUGAAAAGGCCUCACUUAAAAAUAACGAAAACAGCUCACAGCUUGGGGCAAGCCAAGAGCCGAACUCGAGUCGAACAAAAGGUUUUCAUGUGAGCUCAAAAUGCAAAGAGUUUCUUAAUGAUGAUAUGGAGACGAGUUCGAAGAAGAAUGAACCGAAACCCGGUCACUCGAAGGCAAAGAAAGAGCAAAAACAGAAGUGUAUACCAAAAUACGUCAACAAUUUGGCGAGUUGUGCAAAUGCCUCAGCAAGCUCUCAGAAAAAUCCCGGGUUUCUAAAUAUACACGAAGAGGAAGAAGAGGGCCACUCGGACUCAUCUUCAGAAGACAACAAACCCUGUUCUAAAAGUUUCCUCUCUGCUAAUCAAGAAGAAUCGAUUCAUCAGAUUCCAGAGUCGAAAAUAAGUCACGAAAAGGCUGGUAACGAUGUCAAAUUUCGUCAUCCUAAACUCGUGUCAAAUAAGAAACCUGAAGCGGAUCCGUGUACCUCAAAUGGCGCAGCCAAAGCUGGUGUUGUUGAUGAUGACCCGCCUGUUUUGCCCGUUGAUGAUAUCGGAAACGAUUUUGUGAAGAAUUGGGUCCUGGGUGUUGAUGAUUGUUCCUCUGAGUCCAGUCAAAGCCUUGGAAACUCUCAAAUUGAAGAAAAACCAGCGGAACGCAAGCGAAAGUCAUCCAUAUCAAGUUCAUGCAGCUCUGUUCCGGAUCCACAAAAGAAUACACCCUCUAAGAAGGCUGUCUUUGACUGCAUUCUGAAAGAAUACAAUGGUACUGUCUCCUUUCUUGAUAUCUCGAAAAGAAAAGACUUGUUUCCUGAACGAUGUGGAGAUAUUGCAGCGUGGUUUAUAGCAAGGAAAGAAAGCUUUCUGCUUAGGGAAAGUAAAGACGGAACACUGAAAGUGGACGUUCUUUGUAAACGAGCAAAGUUAUGUUUUAAACAGGAUCAUUGCUCCAAAGUGGGUUGCCCUUAUCUACACGUGUGCCGAGAUUACAUCGCUGGUUUUUGUAGAUUUGGCGGUAGAUGCCAAAGAAACCAUAGUUUUGAAUACGAUGAAAGCAGAAUGCACAUUUCUAAACUUAAAUUAUCUGGGUUUAGCGAAGAACAGCUGCGUAAACUCGUUCAGCUGUCAAUACCCCAAGUAUGUCUGGACUAUAAUGAAGGACACUGUGUGCUCGGAGAGAGUUGUUGGCAAAUGCAUAUUUGCAAGGAUAUGAUAAAGAAGAAGUGUUCAGAUCGAGUCAUUUGCAGUCUCAAGCAUGAAGAAGCAUUGUUGACGGCUCAAGCAAACACUGUGCUAAGUAGAUAUGGCCUGAAAGUCUGGGAUGACAACGUUCAACCGAUUUUGCGAACCCUUCUCAUCUGCGAGAGGAAAUCUUCAGUUGACUCUACACCCCUUUUAAAAGACACUGUUUUAACAGCAGCUAGUCUGACAUCGUCGAGCAGUGCAGUGGGCAGCCGAAAAGAGAAAAACCCGAGUGGUGCCAUUCCUUAUUCACUUGCAUCCGUUUCUGUAGCCAGAACACCCAGCACUGUUUCAACGCCAAGUGGUUCGAGGACGUCAGAGGGAGCAGCUGGCGGCACAAAAGUGAGCGAUCAGAAUAGUAGUCCAAUUCCUUUUACAGGUGCCGUUGUGAACAACAGUGAAGCAUCCGAACGAAAAGUCUUUGAGUGCUUGUGCAAAGAAUACAACUGCUCAGUUUCGUUUUCAGUGAUUUCUAAACGCACUGAUUUGUUCCCCGCUGGAUUCAAAGACGUGGAGUCUUGGUUUCGAAGAAGAAAUGGGAGCUUUUUGAUCUUAGAAAACCCAGAUGGGGCAAUUACAGAAGUAAGUGCCUUUUCCGCAAAGGUUCGACUCUGCUUCAGUUACAACGCCCCCUAUGGAACUUGUACAAAAGACAACUGCUCAUUCCUGCACGUCUGCAGAGAUUAUAUCACUGACUCCUGCGCCAACGGAGCAACAUGCCCACGGAACCAUCAAUUCCGCAACGAGAAGGAUAAGGCUUUGCUGUCUAAGAUCAACCUCGACAAGUUCACAGACGAGCAACUUCGCCGGCUUGUGCUGUUUUCGUCACCACUGAUUUGCGUAGAGUACAACGAUGGUAUUUGUGAUCGUGGCGAUGCUUGUCCUAGAAUUCACAUGUGUGGCAACCACUUGAAAAAGUGCUCCCGAGAAAGACAUGGUUGUAUCUUAGAGCAUGAAUCCGCCAUGACCACUGACCACACCAAAGCAGUUCUCGAGCGUUAUCGUAUGGACCACUUAAAACCAGGCACAGCAAAGAGGGCUAUUUUGCUUUUUGACGACUUGGCACAAAGUAGAGAAGCAGGUCAUGUUCACACUGAUCAACCAGAUGCAUAUAUCUGUUCAGAUUUCCUUCUGGGAAAGUGUAAAAAGGGCAUCAAGUGUUCUGAGCACCACUGCUCGUUGCCUUACCACUGGCAAUACAGAGUCGAGAAUAAAGGAGUCUGGAAGAAUUUUAGUGAGACUGACAAUGAGAAGGUGGAGAAACUUUACUGUGACGCAAUGAUGAAUGAUUGCUCAGCCACUGGCUUCAAGCUGUCUUUCAAAAGUCAUGGAUUCCCUCUCUUGGAUGAAGAGUAUACCGUGCAGUUCCUGUUUGAAAAUGAGCUGAUGCUUGUGCAGACAGAUUUUGAAGUCGUCGCAGACAUUAGGCGGCUGUCCACAGAACCCUCCAUCAAUAACCCCGUUAAUCCUUUGGCUGCUGUGUGGACUUGGUACUGGAAGGACGAAAAUGGCAUGUGGCUUGCGUAUGGUUCAGACUACCUGGGGAAUGAUCUUCAGCGACCCAUAGAAGAGGCAUUCUUAUCCCCCACAUAUUGCCAUAAGUUUAAAAUUGCCGAGCAAGACUAUGUACUGGAUUUCCAUAAAAUGGAACAAGAAAACUUGAGGUAUGGCACUAAACGACAAGUAAGGAGAAGACCUGGAGAAUUUAGAUCAGGCGCAGACAUCCUGGAGAUUCGAAGGUCAUCCAGGAAGGGAAAACCGAUUACAAAUGUAUCAAAUACUGAAAGGCCUAGCAACUGGGCUUCUAUGCCAUCUACUAUGCAGUACACACGUGUCAAGUUAAGCACUGUAUCAUCUGAGUACAAAGAAGUGGAGAGGUUAUUUAAAAGUUCAAUCGAAAAAAGGGUCGUUAUCCAUAGAAUCCAGCGUGUGCAAAACUCUUUCAUGUGGGGAAAGUAUCAAAGGAAAAAGGAAUAUUUGUUGACGAUCAAGACAGGCGGUCACAAGUUUUCCCCCUUGAACGAAAAGAGGUUGUUCCACGGAACCAGCCCCGAUGCUGUAGAGGCCAUUUGUAAACAAAACUUUGACUGGCGCUUAAACGGAAAGAACGCCACUGUUUAUGGUGAAGGAAGUUAUUUCGCUGUAAAUGCCUCUUACAGCGAUGCUUAUGCAAAGAAAGACGCAAAUUCGUCUCAAUUCAUAUUCUUAGUCAAAGUCCUUGUUGGAACUUACACCAAAGGCGACUCCAGCUAUCGAAGACCGCCUCCAAAACAACCAUCCAAUCCUUCGAGUGACCUGUACGACUCUUGUGUGGACGACGAGUACAAUCCAACCAUAUUUGUGGUGUUUGACACCGAUCAGUUCUAUCCAGAGUACAUCAUUGAGUAUUCUGAUGAAAGUAGAAGGUAUUCCGGAGCUCGCGGAGCUGGCCCUCAGACAGGAGCGUAUGCAGUACCUUCUUAUAGCCGAGCUGCCCCAUCUACCAGCUCCUUUAAUCCCACAAGUGGUUAUUACUCAUCUAGUAGUGUGGCAUCGAGUAGUUAUGGCUCAGCCUCUAACAGCUCGUCUAGUACACCGUACCGCAGCACAGGUACAAGCUACUAUUCAGGUACGGCGAGCUCUCAUAAUACAACAUAUUCAUCGCACAUCUCAAGCACAGGAACAUCAAGAAAUUAUUCUUCAUCAACGAAUACUUCUAAUGUGUCACACCACAGUUCAACUCCUAGCAGCUCCUCGAAAUCUUCCAAAGAAAACAAGUGCUUGGUAAUGUGAC